AUGUUUAAAAAACGAUUAACAACUUAUAAACAGUAUGAAGACUUCGAUUUGGCGGCGCUACGGCAGCUUUUAGAGAACGAGACGGGUGGAACAAAUUGUCCAAGUUGUAACAUGCCAUUUGACAAGGGCAAAAAGAGAAAGUUAAUCGAUACAUGCGGACAUGAACGGUGCUACUCCUGCAUGUUUAGGAACGAAGCGUGCCCUAUCUGUGCCAGGAAAAGCCAAGGACGACGACAAGUCAUGGAACGGUAUACACCAUCUCCUCAACGUCAAGACCAAGAGUGGCAGUCACCAUCUCGGCUACCCAAACCCCCAAAGCAGGCCAGCCUCGCUCAAAGCUGUCCAACACCCCCUCAUACCAGGAGAAGAUUCUUUCUAAGUCCCAAAUCUCUAAGGAGUCCCUUCGGGCAACGCAGUCGUCAUUCACAUGAAAAUCACGUACCCUUGUCUGGAUUGCCGGAGGAGGGUCCCAGGACUGCGGCGUGGCCAAGUGUCGUGUUCAAUAAAAUAAGAUCACUGUGGUCUGCUCAUUCCUCCGUUCCACACGGACUCAACUUGGCAGAUGACGAAGGCGGUCAUAUCAAACAAGGCUAUGAAUCAAGACGACAAAAUGAUCUCUACAUGCGUUUGGGGUUACUUUUAGGAGAGAGACGUGGAUCCCGGAAAUCCCGGGAUAGUUGUACAUCACUAGCAUCUUUGGACGCGCAUACGCUAGCUUCGCACAACACUAGUCCAGUAUCAACACUAACAGGUUCAUCAGAAGUGGACGCAGCUAUACCUUUAGGACGAGAUUCACUUGGAUCGUUGGCAUCUAUGUCCUUGUCUGCAGCUAGUAACUGCUCUUCUUCUAGUCCUAGCAGCAGACGGCAUUCAGUCACUGCUUUACAACCAGGGCGAGAGGAGCUGACACGAAUGUCGAGUGGUUUCUUCAAGAACCGGAAAACAGCGGCGAGACGUUCAGCUCGCGUUAGUAGCAAGCAAUCUACGACAUCAUCAGAACUUAAAAAAGUUCAUCCAGCACCACAGCUAACCUUACGACCACUGUUCUUUGAAGUUCCUUCUGGUGAAAGUGAAAAUGUGUUUUCCGGACGACAGUGGUUAAUGCGGGACAUGGAGAAAGCUUUAGACUCCACUGCCUCUGGUAUCUUAAUCUCAGGAUGUCCAGGAACUGGAAAAACAGCGUUAAUAUUACAAUUAGUAGACUAUUCAUGUUUCGGUCGUAAAAGGAAUUUCGAAUAUGAAGAGCUAAGAGAACAGUCCGAUAUUAGAGAGGUUUUACCUGAAGAAAUAUCAACUGAAAUUGUUACCCAUCUUGCAUCACAAGUAGUUGCUUAUCAUUUCUGCCAAGCUGAUAACAAUAGCACUUGUUUGGUCGGAGAAUUCGUCCAUUCAUUGGCCGCUCAACUUUGUCAAGCUCCAAGACUUCAAGCUUACAGAGAAUAUUUACUAAGCGAAUCACAUCUUUUAGCCUGCCUCUCCUUGAAAGAAUGUAUCGCAGACCCAGAUUUAGCUUUUAUGAGAGGAAUAAUUGAACCUUUAAUUAUUUUGAGGAAAAAUGGAAGCAUAGAUUCGACUAAUAGUAUUAUUCUUGUCGAUGGUCUUUGUGAAGCUGAAUAUCAUAGACCAGACCAUGGUUAUACGAUCGCGUCGUUCUUAAUAAGGCACGUUCCUGAAAUGCCGACAUGGCUUAAAGUUGUAGCCACAAUCAGAUCACAAUUCUUGGAACUUACAAAACAAUUACCAUACACAAGACUAAGUUUAGAUGAGUCAGAUAAUGUAAACAAAGAUCUACUGGAAUACUUCAAUGCGAGGGUCCAAGCUGCACCAAUAAUAGAAACUAACAUAAAAAGUUCGACUGGUAAAACUGAAGGUGUACAUAAUUCGGUCCUAAAAUUCGCACAAUAUGUACUUCAUCUGAGCCAAGGAUCGUUUUUGUUCCUAAAACUAAUACUAGAUCUUCUAGAAAAAAGUCAUAUUGUUGUAAAAUCUACAAAUUACAAAGUCGUGCCGAUAUCUUUAGCACAAAUAUUUUUACUACAAUUCAAUUUAAGAUUUCCCACUGUACAGUCAUUUGAAAAAGUCACACAUAUCUUAAGUGUAUGCUUAGCUGCGUUAUACCCGUUGACUUUAGUAGAAAUCUAUUAUUCAGUGAACGCUCUGCUUGUAGACACAUUUUUACCUUGGGAAGAAUUUUGCCACAGAUUUGAAACCCUAACUGAUUUUCUGGUCAAACGAAUUGAUAAUACGUACAUGUUUUUCCAUCCGUCAUUCAGGGAAUGGUUAAUACGAAGAGAUGAUAAUGAAAGUUCUAAAUUCUUGUGUGAUUUGAGAGCAGGGCACUGUGGUAUAGCAUUCAGAUUAUCUCGGGUACAAUCGCCUUUAGAUCCUGAAAAAUCAAUGGAAUUGGGACACCAUAUUUUAAAAGCACAUAUGUACAGGAAUAUGGGACCAGCUCAGUUAGGAUUAUGUCCUCGAGACUUGCAAGCGAUGAUGGUCGCAACCAGCUCUGGCAACGUUGGUGAAGCUAUUGCCAACUUAAGAAACAUAUACACUCCAAAUGUCAAAGUUUCACGUCUAAUGCUAUUAGCUGGAGGUUCACCUAAUCAAGUUACUGAUUGCUUAGGUAACGCUCCUUUAUUAUGUAUGUAUGCAUAUCAAGGUAUUAUAUCAAUGGUCGGCUUGUUAAUUGAAUUUGGUGCUGAUUUGGAAAUGACUAAUUCUCAAGGAUGUUCAGCGUUGUCUUUGGCGUGCCAAAGAGGACAUACUGAUGUUGCUAGAAUGUUAAUAGCGUCAGGUGCUUCACUAAGUCACACUGAUACAGCAGAACAAACACCACUGGUCCACGCCGCCAAAAACGGUCACCGAGAUACUGUAAUAUAUUUGUUAGGGUGUCAAACUGGAAAAGAAGACAGAAACUCUUUAGAUAUAGAUGAAGAAAAUAUUGAGCAACUUGUACCAGGAUCAAGACAUGCAUUGAUAGCGGCCGCUCAGAAUGGACAUUUAGAUAUUGUUGAAUAUCUUCUAGAUACGGCAGAAUUAAUCCCUGAUGGCAUAUGUCCAGUAACAGGCGAAACCGCACUCACAGCCUCAUGCUCUACGGGCAACGCUGCUAUAGCCGACGCUCUAUUAAUUCGUGGUGCAACUCCAUAUUCUCUAAAUGCGAGGCAGAUGUCUCCACUAGCGUUGGCUUCUAAAAAUGGAAGAACAGCCUUAGUUUUGAGGUUACUGGAUUCAGGAGCUGAUGUGAUGGGAUCGGGAGGCAAGAACCCCUUAAUAUUAGCGGCUGCUGAAGGCCAUUCAGAUGUGGUUGAAAUGCUUUUGGCUCAUGGUGCUGAUCCAGACGCAGUUGAUGGAGAUGGUAUCUCACCAUUAGGCUGGGCAAGCUUACGUUCAAGAAUACCAACCAUCCAAGUACUCUUAGACAAAGGGGCUACUAUCGAUCUUCCAGAUGGUAACGGAAGGACAGCUCUCGGUCUCGCGUGUGGCGGUCCAUCAGAAUUAGUGGAGCUGUUGUUAGAGCGAGGCGCGUCUCUAGAAAAAGUGGAUCACAGCGGCUUGAGGCCUUUAGACAGAGCUAUCGGUCAGCGGAAUAUUCCUGUAGUGAAUUGUUUUUUGAGAAAAGGGGCAAAACUCGGUCCUACCACGUGGGUAAUGGCAUCAGGCAAACCAGAAUUUAUGCUAAUACUCCUAAACAAGUUAUUGGAAGACGGGAACAUGUUAUACCGCAAGAACCGUCCCUCCGAGGCGGCCCACCGCUACCACUACGCUCUCAAAAAGGUCAACCCUCUCAUCAGCGACGAGGGUCUCACCACACCCUCCACGCAACCCCUCCCACACGAGCACGUAUCAGCUUUUGUGCAGUUGAAGACUAAUUUACUGUUGAACCUGUCGAGGUGCAAACGGAAGCUUAAUGAACCAUCAGAAGCACUAGACUUAGCAGCUCGUGCAUCCGUCUUGCGUCCUAACGCGUUCGAAUGCGCAUACUCAAUGGCUCGGGCUAUAUUAGCCCUAAAUAAGCCCUCAGACGCUUUGCCCCAUGCACGAAGGGCUUUACUUCUCGCACCUUCCACUGACCUUUCUGCGAUGAGAACUUUAAAGGCCCUACAACAAGAAAUACUAACUCGAAUCAAUACUGGUACUCAUAGUGACACGCGGUCCAUGAGGAAUUAUGACAGUAUAAGUCUGAAUAUGCCC